UAAAUAGUGUUACUGUUAUUUUUUAAAAUCAAGAAAUUUCGGUUUACUCAUUGCUUAUUUCUUAUACUGGGUCGGUACUGUAAUCACAAUCGAUUGCACACAUCCCAUAUUGUCAAUACUUUUUGUGAAGUAAACAUGUCAUAAACAUUAAAGUAAACAUGUAAUGUUUGUAUAAUGAGGUGAAAAGUCAAGAUUGGUCAAGAUGAUGUCAAAAUAUAUCCCAAAAAGUAAAAUAUAUGAAUUUUUAACUACGUAAUGACAUAAUAAUUAUUCCCUUUUUGUUCCGCAUGUUUAAUAAUUUUUAUUAUAAAAUACCUAUUAUAGGCGAAAAAGUGUAAGGGAUGCCAAGUUCAUUGUUAUUUGGAAUAAAUAAUGAAGGUAGAGUUCACACCCUCUCUACAUCAUCAACUUUAUGGAGAGAAUUACCUUAUGCUGGUCAAGAAUUUAAGAAGCUUUCAGCAGUGCCCCAUUUUUUAUGGGCCUUAGGUGGAGAUCAUCAAGUUUAUGUUUAUGUUCAUGGAUUAGAUAUACCAAUAAAAGUAAGAGAGGAGUCUUAUGAAAAUGAGCGCUGGAUACCUAUUGAAGGUUUUUCUUCGCGUCUUUUACCAACUGAUCGUUUUCAUUUCUCAAGUGAAGAUGGUACUGCUGACAGAUCAAUUGAUAAGAUAAGACUACCAUCUAUGGCAUGGCAGUGGGAAGGUGAUUGGAAGUUAGAGUUGACAUUAGAUGGUCAACCAUUGGAUCAUGAUGGUUGGACAUAUGCUGUGGAUUUUCCAGCUCAGUAUUAUCAAAGAAAACAAUGGUCCAGUUAUGUUAGAAGAAGGUUAUGGGUUCGGUCAAGACGUUACAGUGCAAUGAAUUCUUGGUGUGCUAUUGCACCUUUACAUAAAGAUGCUACAGCCGAACCCUUCAUUGACAUUUCAAUUGGUGGACAAGGCGUUGCAGGUGCUGAACCUGGGACAAUGUUGGUUUGGGCCGUUACCUCACAUAACAGGGUGAUGUUUCGAUCUUGUGUUUCAACCAAAUCUCCAGAAGGUGCAAAGUGGCUUCAUGUAACAACACCCCCUAGUUGCGAGGUUUGUCAGCUGAGCGUGGGAUCAACAGGUCUUGUUUGGGCUGUUCUCUUGGAUGGAAGAGCGUUAGUACGAGUGGGAGUCACUAGAGACAGCUUAUUUGGAGAUGCAUGGGUUGAAAUACGGAGUCCUACUGAAGGUGUUCGACUGUCCCAUAUAUCUGUGGGGAACUGUGCAGUGUGGGCAGUAAGUCAAGAAAAACAAGUUUGGUUUCGAAAGGGUGUGAAAGGCGAAGGUGCUGGAACAAGCGAAGAACAUGCAACGGGUUGUGGCUGGGUUGAAAUGGUUGGAAGAAUGUCUAUGAUAUCAGUGGCUGCUAACGACCAAGUAUGGGGUGUGGGUGCAAGUGACCGAAUAAUUUAUUUCCGAAUGGGUGUUACCAGUUCGGAUUUGACAGGCAAGAGAUGGCGAGCGUUACAUGCACCUCUUCAAGUUAGCCGAGCUAGUAGUAAUGCAAGUCUCAGUAGAGAAAAACUAAAUCACAGUCUUACAUCUUUGACUAAUAGACCUCACAGUAUUACCGAAACAACUGCAGAUGUAACAAAUUCGAAUUGGGAAGAGCAGAGUCAUUCAGCUCCUACUGCUCCCAUGUCAUUACCAGUUGGAGAUCUGACGGGUAAACAUUUUGAAACAACUUUAAAAAAUCCAAAAGCAUGGAGUCCUGUUCGUUCGGUGGGAUCGGUAGUAGGUACUGAAGCUCAUCCAGAAUCUGAUCAAAGUGUUUGGCAGGCAGACAGUAACAGCUAUUCAAGUUUCUAUUUCCCUGAAGAUGAAGAGCUUUGCUGGGCAGAAUGUGAGGCUGCUUGGACAUGGGUUGAAGCAGGUGCUUGUACUGUAGACGCAGUGCAGUUACCGAACUGGUUUGUAGAAGCAGCGUUACUUCAACAAGUAGAUUUAGACAAACCGUGGCGAUUAAAAAUAUUAUCUGAACUAAAAGAUCGAAUUCCAGUGGAUGAACGGUUUUCACAAUACGAAAAGUGUAAUGAUACUACUUCGUGGGUUCACACUGGAGAAGCAAAAGUUAGCAUAAAAUCACAUGGAGAGUUUUUAGACUGCAUUAUACAAUUAGAGUGGAUGUACAGUAGUGGUACUGUGACGGUUUUAAACCCAGAUGGAGCUACGACUUUGCAUCAGUUUAGUGUGAACGAAAUCACAUGCAUUCAAAACUGUAGCGAACCAGGAAAUCCCCGUUUGAUCGUGCACACGCCACGUAUAUUACCAGAAUAUAUAAGAUUUCAAUUUUUUAAUGAUACUACUCUCGAGGAGUGGCAAUCACAUUUAACAGCAGCUUGUGGACAAGUGAAAAACAUCUCAGGACCAGCCCAUACAAAUAGUUUGUGGGCGGUAACUAAAUUAGGUGAUGUUUUCGUUACCGAUUCCAAAGAAAUACUAGAAAUACAACGUCAAAACGAGAGAUACAUUGUAGAAGUUGAUCUUGGUGCGAAACAAGAAUUUAUCGUUCAUUAUUUAGACACAGGAUUGUCACCUGGUUCAGAACUAGAGAUUUAUGGAUGUCUAACUGAUGACGUCGACAGAUUUGCCAUUAAUCUUGACGUUCACACAAGCUAUAAACCCAAACACAAAUCGUAUGUCGAUUUUAAAAAUUGCGCUUUGCAUUUUAACCCUCGCUUUUCUGAUGGUGUGAUCGUUAGAAACAGCCUGAUUGGAGGCAAAUGGGGAGAAGAAGAACGUGACGGAGGUUUGCCUUUUGAACCAGGCCAAGAAUUUCAUGUGAUAUUCGUAGUUCGUGAAGAUGCCUUUGUCGUUUACGUAAAUGAUAAGCAAUUUUGUACAUACAAACACCGAUUACCGCCCUAUUUUAUCUCUAGUCUAGGAAUAUGGGGUCAAGUGCAACCAUUCAAAUUAAAAAUUAAAAGUCCUGUACCUCUAGUGUCUCCUAUUGACUUUUAUUGGAGACAAAUGUGCGGACAUUUGAAAAAAGUCGAAUCCUGCAGGGCUGGUGUAACAUGGGCAAUUGGUUUCGAUCGAACAGCUUGGGUAUACACGGGCGGAUGGGGCGGAGGCUUUUAUAGUACUAUCGAUAGUCACAACGUUCAUCCGAUGACUGAUUCUCAGGACUAUAAAGUGUAUGAAAACCAAAGAUGGAAUCCUCUUACUGGUUAUACCUCAACUGGUUUACCAACUGAUCGCCACAUGUGGAGUGAUGUGACAGGUAAACAAAAACGUACACGUGAUCAAGUCAAAUUAAUGUCGAUGCAUUGGCAAUGGGUGUCUGAGUGGUUAAUCGACUUCCAUGUACCGGGAGGUGUAGACAAAGAUGGAUGGCAAUAUGCCAUAGAUUUUCCAGCAACUUACCAUGCCAACAAACACUUUACAGAUCUAGUUCGACGCCGCAGAUGGUACAGGAAGUGUGCAAUAGCAACGACAGGUCCCUGGCAGGAACUAGGGCAUACUAAACUUCUCGACGUUACUUUGGAAUUGGUCGAUGAUGAACCGAACGAAAAAAUUGCCGUGUGGGCUUUAGCGUCGGGUGGACAAGCCAUGAUACGGUUUGGAGCUUCAAAAGAAAACCCAGUGGGGAGUAUGUGGGAACAUGUCAGUAGUUCGCAACCUCUGAGCAGCAUUAGUUGUGGCCCGUUCAAACGUGUAUGGGUAACAGGUAAAAAUGGUUGUGCGUAUUGGCGGGUAGGUAUAACUUUGGAAAAACUUGACGGGACUUCCUGGGCCGUUGUGGAUCCGCCAUGUGGCAACCAACUAAAACAAAUUGCUUGCGGCGAAGCUGGUGUUUGGGCAAUAGACACUUUAGGAAAAUUGUAUAUGAGAACAGAAGUUAGUCCCACCACUCCUGAAGGUACUCAUUGGUACAUGAUCCCAGUAGAUCCGUCUUUAUUAGGACACGCUCAAAAUAAACUUGGUGAUACCGCAUUAAAUGAAACUACUUUUAAAUAUGUUUCCGUGGGUAAACGAGAAGUAUGGGUGACCACUAGUACCGGAUUAUUACUCAGACGUCAUGGUGUACAUUCGUCUAAUCCCUUAGGCUCAGGAUGGGAUCAGGCUAUUUCGAGUAAUUGGCAAUAUGUAUCAGUGAAAGGCUUCAACUAAAGAUUUUGAGUUAUAUAAUUUUUAAUGUGAUUUAAAAUAACUUAUUAUGCUAUUAUUUAUUAAAAGUGCUAGUAUUAAUAGCGUAUAUAUUCUUCAGUAA